AUUGAAGACACAGUAAACAAACUUUAUUGCAAUAUCAUACAGUAUUUAGGGAAAAAACUUGAAAAAUCAGUGAACAAAGUUUAUAACAAAGUUUAUAGCAAUUAAACCAGAGACAUAGAUAAACAUAGUAUUCAAAAGUAUGGAUAAUGUUGUUUAACCGAAUGCUUCAUAAAUGUGACUUUGAACAUACAGGUUAUAGGUUACAUAUUACUUAUAAAGAGAAAUUUACAUAGAUGUAUGUUUUAUAAUUGAAAAUGGCCUACAACAUUAGUGAAAAAAACUGAGCUUUAGAUAAAUAUUUUCUGUUUUAUAAAAUUUGACGAAUAUACAGUAUAGACUUAAAACGGCACAAAGUUUUCAUCAAAUAGUGUGAAUAUAAAAACAAUUUAAUGUUAUAAAUUUUGACCUGCGCCGCAUAGACGUUACUAUGGUUACAAAAAGAGAAUUUUGAAGUUAUGUUCAGUUAUAAUGAAAGAUCUAAAUAACAAAUUUAUAAGAUAAAAUGUUUAGCUUCACAAUGGUAAAAGUUGAAUUGCAAUAAUUGUAUAAUUAUAAAAAUUGUGAAGAAAUAUCGGGUAAUUCUGGAUCAUGCCCCGUAUUCAAAGGACUGAGCCCUGUUUAAGAAGAGACUCUACGAGCUCGAUCAAGCUUACAUGACAAUAGCUUCAUCUUUGUCAUAAACUUGUCCCUAUUUAUCUUUUCUAAAAUGUUCAAUUUUUGGAACGAUUUGAACUUUCGUUCUUUGCAUAAUGAAAUAAAAUACGUCGCUAGCCUUAUAUAUUUCUCCCAAAAACUGAUUUAACCUAGCUGUGUCUGCUGAAGCUUCCACGCGGAGUGAUGCCCUUUGAUGUGCCGCUUAUCUUUCAUCGGUAACCUAGAGAUACUUGUUACGCAAUCAUUUCAUUUGCACAUAAUUUAGAAGCGUUAACAGGUUCCGACAGUGUGACACUUGUUAUUUAAUCGUUAUAAUUACAAAGAAUGGAUAUUGAUGAGCAUUUCAAGUCUUUAAAAGCAAUAUAUCCUUUUAAUUUUGAUUUAAAAGAUGAACAAAAGCGCGUUAUUCAAGCCGUUAUGGAUAAAAAGGAUGCAUCAGUUCUGCUGCCUACUGGAUAUGGAAAAAGCAUGUGUUAUGUUGUUCCGCCUCUUCUUUUUGAUCAGAGAGAUCCUUCGAUUCAACACACUGCAAUGGUCGUUUCACCACUUGUCAGCCUUAUGCAAGACCAACAACAGCAUCUUUCUAAUAUUGGAAUUUCGUCGACGAUUUUGUCGCCUUCAGACGUAGGGGCAAUGCUAGACGUCGAGAAGAAACCCGUAUCGAUCGUAUUCUGCACACCAGAAGCACUACAGACAUCCGCAGUUCGAAAACUUCUCAUGUCGAAGACGUUUAACAAACGACUUUCUUUGCUUGCUUGUGACGAGGCACACUGUAUCUCUGAAUGGGGCGAAAGCUUUAGGCCAGAAUAUCGACAGAUAGCAAUAGUAAGGAGCCUGGUGGACGCUCCUCUUCUAGCCCUAACGGCAACUGCUACAGAGCAGGUUCAGAAGGAUAUCUGCCAGUACUUGAUGAUAGACGACACUGCUAUCUGCGUUGCUAAACUGCCAGAUAGACCCAACAUAUUCCUUGCAAUACAAACCUCGUCAACUCCAGACUGUGAGUUGGAACUGAAAUGGUUAAAAGAAGCAGCUGUUUCCAGAGAAAGCAUGAAGAAGGUGAUAGUGUUUUGCAGGUAAGCUUCA